CCAGAAGAUAGCAAUUUAUAUCAUUAUCUACUUGAUAGGAAGCUGUCUGAGAAAUGCAACUCGUAAAACACCUGAAGUCAAUCUACUUUUUUUUAUCAAUGUUAUCACCCGGGACAACAUAUACGCAAGUUAUUCAGCUACCACUACCAGAUAAGACUGUGAUCGACAAGCAUAUCCAAUUCAUAUAUAAAGGAGAUCAUAAAGUAACUUUUUGAUGAAAACAUUAUCCUUCUCAAUACCUCAAAAUGAAAACAUCUCUUUUCUUAUUAGCUACCGCUGCUUUGCAAGCCCUUGCUGCUCCUUCCGCUUCUGAUGCAAAGCUGUCUGUCAAGACAGCCCUUGAGGCUGACUCCUUAGCCAACAUUUAUCUCGACUACGGUACCCAAUCUUUUGAAGGUAACAUGGUUUUAUCGUAUGGUUCUUGUGAAGACGGUACUACUACUGAAGAAAUUGGUGAAUUUGCUGUGACUUCUGAAUUCCAACCCGAAAAAUUCGCCUGGCAUGUUCCCGCUGAUGCCCAAUCUGGUUGCUUAAUUGCCAAGGAUGAAGCUGGAAACAUCAUUGCUCAAAGUGAGGAAUAUCAUGUUGCCAAGAAGUUCUCAAAGCGUGGUCAUCCUGAGCUUGCUGACAUGUAUUUUGAUGCUGUUGAUUAUCACAAUACCAAGAAGGUUGCUAAGCGUGCUGCUGCUUCCAAGAAAAACAAGAAAAUUGGUAUCGUCGGUGCUGGUAUGUCAGGUUUAUUCAGUGGUUUCUUGUUAGAUCAAGCUGGUUUCCACAACUAUGAAAUCUUGGAAGCCAAUAACAGACUUGGAGGUCGUGUUCACACUGAAUAUUUCGACAAGGCUAAGAUUGCUUAUCAAGAAAUGGGCCCAAUGCGUUUCCCAAUUGAAUACAACUAUAAGGGCAAGACUCUUCCUAUCACCGAUCAUCAAAUUGUUUUCCAAGUAACUGAUGAAUUAAACAAGCUUAACAAGAAGUCUCACCAUGUCGAGUAUAUCAAGUGGUACCAAAGCCGUGACAACAAUUUGUACUACAAGGAUGGUUUCCGUCUCCCCGAUGGCUCAAUCCCAACUCUCGGUCUAGUUAAGGCUAAUGCUACUAUUGUUCCUGCUAGCGUUGAUCUUUCCGAUUUAUCUGAUGCGGUCUCAAAAGCCAGUUCUGAGUUCCGUGAUGAAAAGUGGACUGAAUUAUUGGGUAAGGACCUGUAUGCUGCUCAUGAAAAGGCCAUGGAAGAAGGCUUUGAUGAUUGGUCUGAAGCUGGUUGGUUGCACAACAAGAUGGGUUUAAGUUUGAAUGCUACUGAUUAUGCUACCGGUAUGGAACCCACUCAAAUUUGGAUGGAUAUGUACGAUUCAUUCACUUUCGGCGCUUCCACCAAUUGGAGAACCGUUCAAGGUGGUUUGAACCGUAUUGCUGAAGCCUUUGGUCCUGUUGUUGGUGAUAAGGUCAAAUUCGGUAUCUCUGUUAGCAAGCUUGAUUUUGAUGGCAAGAAGGUUUCAGUAUCAUGGAAGAAGAAUCCUUACGAUACCAAGUACAAGUCUGAGACUUAUGACAAUGUGAUUGUAUCUGCUCCCUUUACAAUUGUUCGUAACUGGCAUCUUCCCAAGCUCGAUUAUACUCUCAAUUCCGCCAUUCAGCACCUCGGUUAUAGUCAAGCAUGUAAGGUUGCUCUUAAAUUCAAGUCUCGUUUCUGGGAGCACUUGGAUCGUCCUAUUAUGGGUGGUUGUGAUUCUACUGAUUUAUCUUCCGGGUCAAUUUGUUAUCCCGCUAAUAACAUUGGUACUAAAGGACCUGGUGUUGUCUUAGCUAGUUAUGCCAGUGGUGAUAAGGGUCUUCGAUUUGCAGCCAUGACCGAAGAUCAACAUGUAUCUAAUGUUCUCGCUGACUUUACCGAGCUUCACGGUGAUUUGGUUAAGAAGUACUAUACCGGUAAAUAUAGCCGUGUCUGCUGGAUUACGGAUCCUUUCCAAGCUGGUUCUUGGGCCGAUCCCUUGCCUGGUCAACACAAGUUGUACAUGCCUUCUUACUUCAAAAUGGACAAUGGUUUGGUCUUUGUCGGUGAGCAUACUGAUAUCAAGCACGCCUGGAUUUCCGCUGCCCUUGAAUCUUCUAUCCGUGGUGUCGUCAUGAUCUUGGUCGAAAAUGGCCAUGUUGAUGAAGCCAAGGCUAUUGUCAAGAAGUAUAAUGCCAAGUGGAUGAAGAUUUAAAUUGAGUAGAG